UAAGUGUCAAACUAGUAUACUAUAUACUACAAUUAGCUACUACUACUCCAACAUCAUAUAAUGAAGGAGUGUGGAAAAAAUAGUAGCUCACCAUGUGCAGCUUGCAAGUUAUUGAGAAGAAGAUGUGGCCAUGACUGUGUUUUUGCACCUUAUUUUCCUGCUGAUGAACCUCACAAGUUUGCUAAUGUUCAUAAGGUCUUUGGUGCUAGUAAUGUCAGCAAAAUGCUACAGGAAUUGCCAGAGCACAAAAGAGGAGAUGCAGUGAGUAGCAUGGUGUAUGAAGCUAAUGCUAGAGUUAGAGAUCCAGUUUAUGGAUGUGUUGGAGCCAUUUCAUCUCUUCAACAACAAAUUGAUAUGCUAAGAACCCAACUAGCCAUGGCCCAAGCUGAGGUUGUCCAAUUGAAGCUAAGACAAUCAACAAACAUUACUAAUAGCCCACCAAAUAGUGGGUCACCCAUUAUGGGCUCACUGCCCAAAGGAUAUUACCAUAUGGAUUUGGAUGUAGACCAGUCCAACACCUUCAAUGAGCCUAUGUGGCCAUAUUAGAUGAAUUUUGUUGUCUAUUUUAAACUUCAAAAAUUAUCUUGUGUCCUUUUGCCUCUAUAUAUCUUUUUCUUAUAAGAGCAAAGGUGAUGAUUAGGUUGUUGUUUGUGAGCUAUGUUGCUCAGACUCUUCCAAAAUGUCGACAUGUGUGUGUCUGAUCCACACGGAUGUGACAUCAUUUUUAAAAAGUCUGAACAACUUAGUUUGUGAGUGUUAGAAUGAAACCAAACCCUUCAUGGGGUGUUCGGCCUUUUGGCAA